AUGUUCACUUUUAAAAGACUCCUUGUACAAAUUCCUAGAAGACAGUUCUCUACCAGUUUGGUCUUCAGAGCAGAAUCAGAAGCAGCUAAAGAAGCAUCAAAUUUAAAAAUCAAAUCAUCAUGUGAAGCUGGUACCGUGCUAAAUUUAAAAGUUAAAAAGUCAGGUGCUGAACCAGUUGCCCUUGAAGAUCAUGAAUACCCAGAAUGGCUAUGGGAAAUACUGGACCCAAAGAAGCAAUUAGAAAACCUUAAAGCUAAUCCAGAAAAAUAUGCUAAAAAGAUGAUGAGACAAAGUAAUAGACAAAAAAUCAAACACAGUAAUUUCAUGGCUAAAAUGAAGUGA